UUAUAAUCCCCAAUCAAGGGCGUGGCAAACAGUGCAUUUAAAAGGAAGGGACCGACGACGGAAAUGCAAUUCGGUGGCGCGGCAGUAGGCCUCUAGUCUCUUCCACCGCCGUUUCUGUUCCGGUCACUUCUACUCCAAUUUCGAAUUUCCAUUUCAAUUAUCGUCUUCGAUUUCGAAUUUCCGUUUCAAUUACUUUCUUCACCCUUCCCACUAAUUCCCCUAAAAUCUAACGUUCGUUAAAAAAGUGUAAGCGUUCUCAGUUUUGCUUACUUUAUUCUAGUUUUUUCAUUCAGUGGUUAGGAAAUUUUUGAAAUGCUUUUAGCGAAUUGGUUAGGGUUUCUCUAGCUUUAAACAGGCACUGUUCUUCCCAUGUCUUUGUGUCGAAUUUGUUUACAUAAAUGUCAAAUAGUUUCAGAAGUGAUAAUCGAUAUCCCUUAAAGGCGGAGGAACUUAGAAACCUGCACAGAAAAGAGAAGCGCGUUUUACAAAGUUCUCAGUCCCUAAGCAUUCAAGCAGUCAAGAUGCAGAUACUAGAACAAUGUGAGAAGUCAUUAUCAGAAGCUCGGGCAGGAGAUAAGAAACGCAUUCAGAUUUUGGAAAAAGAGCUGCUGAACUGUUCUCAAGAAAUAGAUUAUCUUCAGGAUCAACUCAGUGCUAGGAAUGCAGAGGUGAACUAUCUGGAAGAGCGUGCUCACAACCUUGAAUUGAAAUUAGAGGGGAUGGAAGUUUUACAAGAUGAGGUUGUCAGAUUGAGGGAAGAGCUGAAACGAUUCAGUUCAAAGCAAUUUUCCUUGAUCCAGGAACUAGGUUAUAAAGAAAUAGAAUUAGAGAAGUCCGCUCUGUCCGUGGAGAAACUAGAGGACUCAAUUUCAUCAAUAGCGUUAGAGUCUCAACUUGAAGUAGAGAGCAUGAAGCUUGACAUGAUGGCCUUGGAACAGAGUCUUUUUGAGGCCAAGAAAAUCCAGGAAGAAACUUUGGAUGAAAAUAAUAAAUUGAGUAAAUCAAUUGAGGAGCUCCAGGUUGCAUUGCAGGAUGCCCAAAAAAUAAUUCUCUCUCUAAAUGAAGAGAAUAGAGAACUUAAAGAGAAGCUUGAUACUGCCAACAAAACCUCUAAAAUUUCUUCUCAAAAGGAUGAAUACUGGCAAGUAAAUAAGGACAGACCACUACGCAAGACUCAAUCUUCCUUGAGUAAACAAGGCAACAACUCCAGCAUAGAGAAGGACACAAGCACUUCUGAAGUACAUGGUCCACAUGUUGGAAGAUCUGUAAUCUUCUUCGAUCCAGCUGCAGAUUCGAAACGGGAGAUGGAGAGGUCACAACAGAUCCAAGAAUAUGAAUGUGUUAUCCAGAAGCUUAAGGAAGAAUUAAGAGAGGAAAAGUCGAGGGCUAAAGAAGAAGCAGAGGACUUAGUUCAGGAAAUGGCAGAGCUGAGAUACCGAUUGACUAGUUUGCUGGAGGAAGAAUGUAAGCGCCGUGCUUGCAUUGAACAUGCAUCCUUGCAAAGAAUUGCCGAGUUAGAGGCUCGGCUUCAAAGAAAGCCUAAUAAUUAAAACCCUAUAAGUGCUGCCUGUCUCCUCCCUCAAAUGUAGGCUGGGACUGUUCUGAUUCGUCCAGAUUCAGCAGUUGAUAAUGACCUCAAAGGGUUUAUGGUUGGGGAGAGCGUCCUGGCAAGAAAAUUGCUGUAUUCUGGACAGCAGCACAGUCCCUCUACCUUCUUGUGAAGUAAGAUUUAUUUAAGACGUCUUCUUAUGGUUUCUAUUGAAUCUGAAAGAACCAAAGUAAUAGAAGAACAGGGAUCGACCUGAAGUGACUAAGGAUACCUUUUUUCCAUUUUGUGUGUUUAGGGGGCAGGGAGGGGAGAAGAUAGGAUUGUAGGAAUUGUGCGUGAUCAAAGUAUGGAUUUAGUCGGCAUACAAUUUUUUAAUGAAUGAUUCUUGGCAUAAUUCAUUUAAGAUUGAUAAAAGUAAA